AUGACGGGAACGUACGAUUUUCUGUAUAUAACCCAAGAUGCGUUGAAUCAAGACUUCAAGAUUUCUGAUGACUGCCAUAUUGCCCGGUCAGAGUCAGAUUUUGGUGAGGAUUCCACCUCAGAUUGUAUUGAUGAUUACAAUGGGUUCAACACCUCUUCGUACACUGAAAAUCCCGAGUUUACGGAAUGCUCGCUGUUUGACGCUUGUACCACAUCUAGCGACUGGGUAAAUCACGUUCUACUCAAGAAUGCCUUCAGAAAAUGGGUUAUAUCAUACCAUAAUUCAGUUCGUGAGACAGUGCUGCAAAUGAUAGUCAACAUCUACUACAAAAGACGAUAUGUUUCCCUCGUAUUCAAGGCAUUUUUUGUUCUGAGAAGGCGUAAAAAACUAAAGUUGGCGAUAAAGGAAGCUGAAAGCUUUUCUCUCAAUGUAGUUUUGACCAGGUGGAAAGACUUCGCGGAAAAGAACAAGGCAUUUCGCUCCAACAAAGUGUACGCCAAGAUAUUUCAUCAGUCAUCCGUGGCAAUGCGUACAAUUUCCACAUUGAAAAGUGCAGUUGCCCUGAGGAAGGAAUGCGAAAAAUUGUCAUUGCGGCUAGUGGAUAUUAUUGAGCGACACUUUUCUCUAGCUAUUAUUCGUCCUUGGUACAAUCAAACCAAGAGAGAAAAGAGACUUGAAUUGUGCUUCAAAGAUAUAAAUUCCAACAAUAUACUGUAUAAUAAAGAUUUGAUACUCGCCCUGUUCAACUUUCACUAUAAUUAUCGGACCGGUGUAAAGCUACUUUCAUCACUAAUUCUCCAGUUUGUGAAGCGAAGAGCGCUUCACAAAUUAUGUGAAUAUCGGAACGUUUUGUUAGAAAAGGAAGAUGCAGUUGUAAAGGGUUUGUGGAAGUUGACUACACAAACAUGCUUUGAUCACUGGAGAUAUUUAGUUAUGGAUAAAAUCGCCUCUAACCUUCGGAAGAGUUGGCUUGAAUCGAAGGCUUUUCAUAUAUUAAAAAAAUACGCUGCUCACAAGCGUUUAGUUUCCAAAAAGAUAUCGCUAGCAAGGACCGAGUUAAACACCCUUUGCCAAAAAAAUGUUUUAACUAAAAUGUACAAUAGGAUACUUAGUAAAAAUAGACUGAUUAGCGCAUUAGAUUCUAUCUCAUUCUGCGCAAAUAUAUCACUAAAGCGCCAUGCAUUUUAUUCACUCUUUUAUAAUUCCAAGAUUAUCGAGGCAGACAUUAGACAUGAUUUGGUUGCAAAAAAAUUUAUGACAAGAUCUCUUUACAAGCGGUAUAUGAAUUCAUUGAGAACAUACGCUGAGAGUAAAAGGGGCAAAAGUGACAUGCUGGCUUUGGCAACAAUCAGCUACAAUAGGUAUAUCCUUUCUAGUUACUUUGGAUUUAUGCAUGAAUUUUAUCUUGAACGGAGAAAGAACGUUGAUUCAAUUUUGGCAUCCUUUAGUUCUCGCAGAAGGCAUUUUCUGUUACUGAGGUCAUUUACAUUUUUCGUCAGAGGAAUAAAUCGCAUAAGAAGGCUGAAUGAGGUACAGGAUUCUAUUCAGUCUUUACAUCAGUUGAGCAUCGCAUCAUUUGCCCUUAGCGCUCUUUCAUUUUCCAUUUCUAGAAAGCUGUACAGAAAGAUUAUCACACUUGCGUCUGUCUGCACUAGCGAUGUUUCUGAGUUGGAAAAAUUGACAAUUUCUGAUUUGGACUCUAUAAACAAAAUUAUAGAAUGUGAUUAUUCUAAUGUAGACUUUUACAGCCAGGGAUACCCCUGCACUGAUGUCUCAAAAAGUUUUAUAAAUGAUAAACUGGCUCCACUUUGGAAUACAAAAGUAUCUGGAAAUGUAUUAUACAAUGCUACUUUUCCCAUGAAUAGCGAGUGUAGAGCAUUCUUGUUUCUCUUGCUAAAUUUCAAAGCAAAGUACAGGUGGAUAAUUGAUACGUACUCAUUCGAUAAUGAUGACUUUUUUACUUGCUUAUACGCCAGGUUAAACAAUGUCGAUUUAUCGAGUAUAAGAUCAUCGCACACUUUACUUUUACACCAAGCAAAGUUGGACUAUCUAUCACCAUCUAGUGCUGUUAGUUGCGAUGAAUAUACACCCUUAAAUAUGCAAGAUACUUUUGAAGAUUAUCCGCUAGAGAUCCGGUCACUUUUGCACAGCAUGAUUUUUUCAAAACUUUUCCACUUGCAGGAUUCUAGUAUGCAUCAGUUCAACCUAAAGGUUAGGAAGCAUGAAAAUAUGCAGAGUUCGGAUGCACAAACUAUGAGUUCACAAACCACCGUUUUAUCUACUCCAGCAGACGAAGGUCCGAGUAGUGGAGAUUUCAAGAUUUUGGAUUUGUUGCGACUUAAACUUCCACUGUGGCGUUUGAUAUCGUAUAAGUUACUCUCAAGAUUUAGUUUGAGGGUAUUUAAGGAAUGGAGAACCAUUAUAACCGCUAAGAGGGAAAAAAGACUACGGGAUUUGGAAACGACGGAUAAUGUGCGCGGCAUAUCAAACAUGAUUAAUCUUAUAAAUGUUUUCAACGAAUGGCUGAGAAUAACUAGAGAGGAGAGUGAGAUACGGAAAGAUGCACUCGUUUCAAAAUGCAAGAGAUUUGUCUCUAUCCUAGAAUACACAAUUUUUGCAAAAAAGCGACUUGUAUACCUUCGGCUUCACUUAAAUUUUGUAAUAUCAAAGUAUAGUGGUAUAGAGCGAAGUGAUCAAUUGGUUUCUCUACUGAAAGGUUCAAUUCAAUUUGGUUAUCAUGGGGAAUGUUUGGAUUUACUAAGAGAAUAUCGCACUUACACUAAUUUUCAUAUUAUACUCUUGAGGUGGUUAAUGCACACUAGGUGGACAACUAAGGUUAGAACGGAAGCUAACGAGUUUGCCAGACUCAACUUUCUAAUAAAAUCAUGGAGGACAUGGAGGAAUGCCACAAUAAUUAGGCAGGAAAACAGAAGGGCUGCAGAAGAACUGAUUACGACUGAAGCAAGAUCCAUUUCUCUCUCUACACAUUUUGAAGAGUGGGUAAAGUCCAAAAGAUGCAGAAAUGUUUUAGAAUCUUUUACCCCAGUUAGGGUAUGUUUUUAUAAUUGGAAAUCUCUAGCUGCAACAAAUAGACGCUUGCGUCACGUAUCUGACUUUAUAUCCCAUCAAUCGGAUAAAAUGAUUCUUGAUUUCCACAUUAAUCAGUGGUUGUCUUCUUAUAAUAACGUAGUAGAAUAUCGCAUGAUCGUAGAAAACUGUCGCAAAACCUAUUUUAAAAAGAGACUACUCAAAUGUUUUAAUGCCUGGUAUGAUUGUGCUUCGCAUUCAAAGAGGUUAGGUGAUUGCAGGGAUGACUUGGAAAGUCACAGCAACGGUACUAUAAAGAGCCACUACUACCAGCUACUUGUACAGAUAUGUACACUUCGUAGGAUGGAAAAGAGUAGAAUUUUAAAUAAUGUGCUCGUUACCUUGAGACUGGUAGCUGCAUCUUCAAAACUCUACAAGGUCCUAGAAUCUGGUCUAAAAAGAAGUGAUAAACAUGCAUUAAUGGAGUCUAUAAACCUUUUGAGAGUAAAUUUGGAGCGCGAAACAAUGGCGGAAGUUGUCAUGAAGAAUGAGACAAUAUAUUCAGCACUUUCACAGCUCUCUAAUUUGCCAAAAUAUAGAACAGAUUUAGCUAUAAAUGUGCUACGAACGAAUGCUAAUGAAAUGUUAAUCUAUAAAAGAGUAAAGGCUCUACACUAUGGUAGACUUACCAAGGAGUGUUUUAAUAAUUGGAAGAAAAUCGCUCAGUUUUACACUCGGUGGGUUAAUCCUUUGUAUGGUACAUUGGAACUUGAGGAUGAGAACGAUGCACACGAACAUCAGGGAGAAUACAGGGAUAUUUAUUUCAUUAGAUGCCAGUAUCUAAUAUUAAAAUCUAGGAGUUCUUUACAAUACUGGAGAGCAUAUUCCAACGCAUUGCCAGUGGACAAAUUCACACUAUCAGCAAUCGAUGACUUUGUCUGCAAGAAUAGGAUUCUUGCGAGUUUGAGAGUGUUAAGUGAGAACGCAAUGGAGAAAAAGUGGCACUCAUUCUGCAGUGCUCGUGCUACAGAUUUUGCAGAGUCCAGGCAAGUUAGGCUGAAGCAUGCAAUGUUUUCCACGUGGAGAGAAUUGGUACAUGGUAAUGUAUUGGAAGAGUAA